AUGGCUUCAUAUCUGGUAACAGGCUGCUCCAGGGGGCUUGGACUGGCUCUAAUCACCCGAUUGACAUCUCUCCCUAAGACUGAGGUAGGAACCAUCAUCGCUACAGCUCGACGGGACAAUUCCCCCCGAUUGAAAGAGGUCGUGGAUGCAUCUUCGGGACGAGUACAACUCAUUAAUCUCGACGUCACCGACCUGGAGAGCGUAAAUGAGGCCGCCAGCGUAGCUGAUUCUCGCCUGCAAGGGAAGGGUCUUGACUAUUUGAUCAACAACGCGGGGGUGACGGACUGGUCCCCCACGGGGGUGGAAGGGAUAUCUACAAUACUCGGUUCUAUGGCAAUGGCAGAUUCAUUCCAAGCAUUACCUUCGCCAGCAUACAAAAUAUCAAAGGCCGCACUGAACAUGUUGACUGUUCAAUACGCCAAUCAAUAUUCAAGUGAGGGCUUUACCUUCGUGGGAAUCAGCCCUGGGUGGCUUCGCACCGAUCUUGGAAGCGCCCGGGCACAUCUCUCCGUGGAAACAGGAGCAGAGAGAGUAUUGGAAGUUAUCCAAAGAGUGACGCCUGAUCAGAAUGGAAAAUUCUUCAACAUCCAUAUCCCUGGGUGGGAGGCUGCAGAGGGUGCAGAUCAAUACGAUGGCAAAGAGAUUCCAUGGUGA